CUCUCUCUCUCUCUCUCUCUCUCUCUCUCUCUCUCUCUCUCUCUAUUCUGCUUUAGAAACACAGCUCCUGCGACCAUCAUAAAAGCCUUGAGUGAUAGAACCCACUUUCCUCUCUCUCCCUCUCUCUCUCUCGCAGCUCCUUUCCUUGGUACUUGUUUCUCUACAAUACAAGCUUCUUUAAUGUACACCAUUGACUAUUCUUAAAAGAGAAAGUCCUAAAGUUAUGACGCCAUGAAGAGCAAUACAAUUGUGUUUAAUGAAAGAGAGAAGAGGAGAGCACGCAGACAGAGAAUUUCGUUAAGAUAGUACAUAGUCUCAAAUGGGUGGGGAUGAAGGUGGUAGCAGCUGGGCCACGGUGCCACCACCAAUGGUGGCACCUUUGAAUUUAGAAAGAGAAGACCAUUGGAGACAUUUUGAUAACUCAGUGAAUGCUGUGUCCUUUGGGUUCGUAGCUACUGCUAUUCUAAUAUCAAUGUUCCUUGUUAUGGCUAUUUUUGAAAGGUUUCUCAGGCCAAGAUCAUUGUCCUCCUCCUCUGCUGCGAGUACAAGGACUCCCACGGAUCUCGAGGCUAAUGUGGUUUCCCAUUCCAAGCUCGAUUACCCAUCUCCAAAAAUGACAGUGUACGCCAAAGGAGUAUCAGUGUUGAUGCCAGGAGAGGAUGCUCCUACUUUCCUUGCACACCCAGCUCCUGCGCCUUGCCCUCCUGAACAUUUCAUAAAGCCAUUUCAUCAGCACGGCCCUUGCCUCAGUUUCACCUUGCCCUCAACUUCAAGCUAAAAACCUGACAGAAAAAUAUGACAACUAACUAGAUCAACAGGUCUUUCUCCACACCACACCACCCCCCUCCCUCCCCCUCUCUCCUCCCCAAACCACCCCCAACCAAAUUCUAUCAAUGAGCACCAUUGCUGGUGAAUAUUAUACAGUUGAGAUUCGACCCAAGCUCCCACUGCUUAAUUAUCUUAAGCACGUAUAUAUAGAAGUUUGGUGUCUCAGUCUCACUCCAUUCUCUUGUCAAAUUCAUGUUGUGAUUGUACCAUAUGAAAUCCAUCUGGAUUACACUUUCCAUUGAUAUCACAUGCAUACUUUGUUGUUUUUU